CUACUGAUGGCACUGCACUAGUUCUUCUUCAAGGCCCAGUAGCUUCAAUACUUUUAUAGCCUUAUUCUGUGCCCAAUUUGAGCAUGUAUUUGUAGUAUCAAAUAUCAAAUUUUGUGCCUUUGCUUAAUUUGAUACAGGCCAUAUUGAUAUUGCCAUACUCUUCCAAUGAAUUUAAAUUAAACAACCAAGACAAACAAUGCUUAUUAGCCUCUCCCACCACUUACUCAAACCCAUGAACCACUUAUUAGUUUCUUGGUCCAUCAAAAACUUUAACUCAUGGGCAUUAGCUAUUAGAAAUAAUGUUUCUUCUCCACACAAAAUCUUAUACCUCUUUUCAAAAAUGCAUCGCUCAUCUGUCCCCAGUGACAGUUUCUCCAUACUUUUCACACUAAAAUCUUGUACCCAUUUGCAAAACCUCACUGUCAUUCAACACCUUCAUGCCCACAUUGUCAAAAUAGGAUUCAGUUCUCACGUCUACGUUGCCACUUCUCUGCUCUACGCGUAUGUUCUUAUGUCUUUUGAGCAUGCUCGUGUCCUGUUUGAUGAAAUGCCCGAGAGAAAUACAGUCACGUGGAACACGAUGAUUACUGGGUAUUCGAGGUCUGGGGACGUAGAGAGUGCACGUGCUGUUUUUGAGGAAAUGCCAGUAAGGGAUGUUGCGUCAUGGUCUGCCAUGUUAGCUGCAUAUGUUACUAGUGGCAAUUAUGUGCAGGCUGUUGCGGUUUUUCGAGAUAUGAUGGCGCAUGAGGGGUUAAGACCUGACCAAGUGACUCUAGGAUCAGUUCUAACAGGAUGUGCCCACAUGGGUUCUCUUGGAUUGUUGGCUGGGAAAUCUGUUCAUGGAUUUAUAGCAAAGAAUGGGUGGGAGUUGAAUGUGGAACUUGGUACAGUUUUGGUUGACAUGUAUGCCAAGUGUGGCUUCCUGAAGACUGCUUGCCGGGUUUUUGGAUUGAUGCAAGAAAGGAAUGUCGUGUCUUGGACUGCUUUGAUUUGUGGUUCGGCACAACAUGGCUACAGCAAAGAAGUAUUGUCUUUGUUUGAGAUGAUGCAAAAAGCUGGAGUGAGGCCCAAUGAAUUGACUUUCACGGGGAUUCUAACUGCGUGUGUGCAUACAGGAUUAGUUGAUGAGGGUCGAAAAUAUUUCAAGAUGAUUGAAGAAUGUGGGUUAGAGCCAAGAAUCCAACAUUAUGGGUGCAUAGUUGAUUUGCUAGGAAAGGCAGGGCUGUUAGAGGAAGCAUAUGAGAUAAUUAGGACAAUGAAAUUUGAACCCAAUAUUGUCGUGUGGGGUUCAUUCUUAACAGCUUGUAGGGAGCAUAAGCAAUUUGGGAUGGCUGAGAGGGUAAUUGAUAAGGUCUUGAGUAUGAUAACGCCCGAGAAUAAUGGAGGGGUUUAUUCCCUUAUUGCUGAUUUGUAUGUUUUGGGUGAGAAGUGGGAUGAAGCAGAGAGGCUUAGGAAAUUAAUGCUCAAAGAAAAUGUCAAGAAGGCUAGGGGUUCAAGUUAUAUCAGAAGCUGGUAGUAGAAAGUUUACUACUUAAUCUGUACUUGGGAACUAUAUUGAGUUGGUGAAACUAUUGACAACAAUGUGUCAACCUUGGAUUCAUGGAAGUAUCAACAUUGUAAGUUCUUUUGAAUUCUUUAUAUCGUAGAUGAAGAAGUGGAACAAGAUGAAGUAUAAUGAAAAGGAGGUCUAGGUAGCUUAUUCUCUGUGGCAGCUGCAUUUUGGUCUGCAGUCGCAUACUUGCACAAAUUAUCAUUGUUUUUAAGUGAUCUCAAAGCUAAGCAGAAGACUGGCAGAUCAUUCAUGAUGGUUGGAUUUAGAGUACAAGUGGAUACUGACAUUCCCUGGUCGAAUAGCUUUUGGUCUUGAUACAUGGAUCCAGAUAUAUGCUGCUUGUGGACACUAAAUUUACUCGUCAAUGGAACUUGGAUUUAGAGUACAAGUGGAUACUGACAUUCCCUGGUCGAAUAGCUUUUGGUCUUGAUACAUGGAUCCAGAUAUAUGCUGCUUGUGGACACUAAAUUUACUCGUCAAUGGAACUUUUACAAACGUAUAUCUCUUCUUUUAACUGAAGUUUCUUUUUUUUUUUUUUUUUUGAUACAAGAUAGAAUUCUACUCUAGCCUAAUCUAAGUGUAUAUGUGUGUGAAGCUCCCUCUUGGAGACUUGAACCCCGGCUCUUGCCCCCCACACUCCACAAGCACUUAUACUUGUGGAGUGACCAUCGCACCAAGGGAAUGCGGUGGUUAACUGAAGUUUCUUUCAUUUUCUUUGAUAUGUGAUAUAUAGUAUUAAUUAUUUUGAGUCCUGUGCAGUAAAUCUGGAGGUAAUUAAUGUUGAUAAAAUUUUAGUUUUUGAAAAAAAUUUUAUUAUUGAAGAAGACGGAAAUUCUAUGUAUAUAUAUAUAAAAAAAAAAAGUCGAAAAAGAUCAAGCUUUGACAAAGCUUGAAGGGUCAGAAAACAAAGCUUGAAGGGUCAGAAUAAGAGAUAAGUUUAAGGUUUUUUA